AUCCGGCUGAAUUACUUUGACCUUUCCCACAAUCCACCGGGGCGACAGAAGGCGCCUUUUGUAGUCCAUGCAUGUCAACAAGGAGGAAAGGAAGACGCUCGGCUACAAUUAAAAACGAAUGUGUUAAUAUAAUAACACGCUGCUUUUUAGGGACAAUACGUGUGUCUUCCAUUCAUUAGCGUAACAUCCUUGACAGCAACAUGGCUCCGUUCGGCUUAAUGACUGCAGGUGCUAGCUGGCUGGCUAAGUCCUUCAGUGUGUUCUCCUGCACAAGCACUCUGGCAAGGUGCUCCAGUGUCCUCUCAGCGACAUACAUCACUCCAGUGAAAUAUCUGAGCUCUCAGGCCAGCGGACCGCCAAAGAAGCCAGGAAACGGAUACCUGAGAUAUAUUUUCCAACAGCGGCCAGACAUAAUCAGACACUUCCCAGGUAUCAAACCAUCUGAAAUCAUCAGGAAGGUCGCCGGGCAGUGGAGAAUGCUGACUCCAGAACAGAAGAAGGACAAGAUGAAGUCACUGGUGCAGGACUGGAUGAUUCUUUCACUUCAUCAGAAACAGAUCUAUACACAGCUGGCCCAGGACGACAAGAUCCGCUAUAAUAAUGAGAUCAGGUCGUGGGAGCAGCACAUGGUGGAGAUUGGACGACCAGACCUGGUCCGAGAGAAGACCCUGCCUACCAAGAGGAAACUUGCAGCUCAAGUUCAAAGAAUCAAGAAGGGAACGAUGAAGGUUAUACAUACAGGGAAGUAUGCCACUGCAAGCGAAACUGUCCGCAGUAAAUGAACACAUCAGUGUGUUCAUGUACCAAGAGGAAACAGUGUUCAUGCUCUGCUUGGUUUUUGACAACGUUCCCAAUUGUCAUGAAUGCUCCUUAGGUUCAACAGGGCAAAGCUUUUACAUCAUUCAGACGGAUCAACAUCAUUUCACAGAAACCAUUAUCACCUGUGCUUAGUGAAAUGUAACAAUUGAAACCCGGAAAGCAGGAUUAUAACAAGCACAAUGUGACUCUAAUAAUCAUCCUGACUUAUUGGUUUCUUAAAUCCAUUCGAUUUAUAAAGUGCGAUGGUUCCUGGCUAAGAAAGAGAUGCAAUAUAAUGAUUUCAUGAGCUUAGACAUUUAAAUCAAGUUAGUAAAGGAGUUUCAGAUAAGGUUUCUACAUUUCUGUCUGCAGUGUGUAAAAGGUUUCAUAGCCCUGAGUGUUACCACAAUAUACUUGAGCAAAUGUAAAAGUUACUGUUGCAGUUCCAAAGCAAACACUUUUUUUUAUUUUUGGUAUUUCAUAAAGAGUAUUGAUGCAAAGUAAACGUCUGAUGUUAUUCUGUACUUGCCAACAAAUCCAUGAAAUGUCCAAAAUCAAUACCUACAGUACCUGUCUGGCUCUCAGGCUUACAUCUUUAGAGCCCCAUACAAUUGUUUAAUUAAAAGAAAAACAUAUAUAUUUACAGACACCGCUUCCCCUAAAGAUGAGCCAUGAAUGAAAAUGAAGCCAUCCUCACUGAAGUAUGAAUCUCAUCGCUCUUGUCGAUGUAGCGUCACCUUUUACAGUCGCAACCUCAAACUGAAAUACUGUUAUUUUUCAUUUAUGCCAUAAUCAUAGACAGUUGACUGACAUUUUGGGUUUCAAAAAUAUACUUUGUUUAGCUUUGUAUGAGAUGCUUUUUUGUUUUAACUGCUGUUUUGGUUGAUAAUAAAAUGUGCUUUUUCCUACUGCG